CUUAUUUCUGAAAGGGAAGGGGAAUAGGAAAGAAAAGCUAAACCUGCAGCAAAGUGCCCUGUGCAGAGGAGAACGUGCUUAGGAAGUGUGUGCAUGCUUCUGAACUCUGAGUGGUUCUCAGUUCUGUAACCUUCUCCUCCCACUGGGUGGAGUAGGGCCUUUAAGAGCAGCUGGAAUGCAGUUCCCCUGAUCAGCGUAGCCAGUUGUUGCUGUCUGAACCUCUGCCCGUCCUGGAGAGUGGUGCUCUGAGCUGAAGCCAGUGGGCUUCGUUCUGUGCACCACCGCCCUUCUCGCCAGAGCAAGCAGCAGCUUCCAGCAGGGAAGAGUGUUCCCACCUGCCCAGCCAUGGGAGAGGACGCUGUGCAGGCCGAAAAGUUCCAGCACCUGGGCUCUGAUGUGCGGCAGGAGAAGCCAACGAGCCCCAGCCCGAUGCCCUCCUCCACGCCGAGCCCCAGCCUGAACCUGGGGAGCACGGAGGAGGCCAUCCGGGACAACUCGCAGGUGAACGCCGUCACGGUGCUGGCGCUCCUGGACAAGCUGGUGAACAUGCUGGACGCGGUGCAGGAGAACCAGAACAAGAUGGAGCAGCGGCAGAUCAGCCUGGAGGGCUCCGUGAAGGGCAUCCAGAACGACCUCACCAAGCUCUCCAAGUACCAGGCCUCCACCAGCAACACGGUGAGCAAGCUGUUGGAGAAGUCCCGCAAGGUCAGUGCGCACACACGCGCCGUCAAGGAGCGCAUGGACCGGCAGUGCGCGCAGGUGAAGCGGCUGGAGAACAACCACGCCCAGCUCCUCAGGCGCAACCAUUUCAAAGUGCUCAUCUUCCAGGAAGAAAAUGAGAUCCCUGCCAGUGUGUUUGUGAAAGAGCCAGUCCCCAGUGCAGCGGAAGGGAAGGAGGGGCUUGCUGACGAGAACAAGUCCCUGGAGGACACCUUGCACACGGUGGACCUGUCGUCGGACGACGAACUGCCCCGCGAGGAGGACGCGCUGGAAGACAGCGCGGAGGAAAAGACGGAGGAGAGCCGGGCGGAGAAGAUAAAAAGAUCCAGCCUAAGGAAAGUGGAUAGCCUCAAGAAGGCAUUUUCUCGCCAAAAUAUCGAGAAAAAGAUGAACAAGCUGGGGACAAAGAUCGUCUCCGUAGAGAGGAGAGAGAAGAUUAAGAAAUCUCUCACAUCCAAUCACCAGAAAACCUCCUCAGGGAAAAGCUCCCCCUUCAAGGUUUCUCCCCUGACUUUCGGUCGAAAGAAAGUCCGAGAGGGAGAAAGCCCCGCGGAAAAUGAGGCCAAGCCGGAAGACACGCCGAGCAGCGGGCAGGAGCCGUCCCCGGCGGAGGGCCCGUUUGCGGAGGGCCUCUCCGGGGCGUCGCCGGCCGGCGCGCUGCUGGAAGGGGACAACGCGGAGGGCGCCGCCGAGAAGGCGGCCUCGAGAGGGAGCAACUCGGGCAUGGACAGCGACGUGGACCUGACCAUUGCGGAAGACGAGGAAGGCGAGUCGGUGGCCCUGGAGCAGGCGCAGAAGGUGCAGUAUGAGGGCGCCUACGAGCUGACCUCCGAGGAGGCAGAGCGCUCAGACGAGGAACAGGUGCGUCCCGCUGCGCUGCGGGUGGACCAGAGCGCCUAGGCGGCCCCGCUGCCCGGCCCGGGCUCGGCACGAACUCCUGCGCAGCCCGCGCAGCCCGCGCCGCCGCGAUACCGUCCCCGCAGCAACAACGCUCCGCGCAGCAGUAGCCGCAUACGCAAGACCAGCAUUUACCAUGAAAGCCCCUGUCGGGCAUCUAAUUGAAUUUACCCUUAGGUCCUAUUUCUGCAGAAUUUCUCCAGGAUUGCCAGGAAGAAGAAAUGGAGAAGUUGAAAAACGUUGCUGUGUUUGUAUUAGUAAGAAAAAACAGAAGAUACUUAAGAUACUAGGCACGAAAUGUGAUUCGUUCUUUUUUGUCACUGUGUAAGCUUGCUGAAUAGUGUAUCAGUAAUACAUUGAAUUCCCACAGCACUCUGUGAAUCUGAUUAUUAUUCAAGUGUGUGAUUAUCUAAUACACAUAAAGACAUAAGCUAAAGAUAUGUUUUAAGAAGAAAACAUUUACACAAGGUAGAAGAGAAUGUUCAGUUGGUUAGUCACUUAAUAGAUACCACUGUUUUAUUGUAAACAAAGGGAAAAUUGAAAGACUGUUAUAGCUAAUGAAGUAAGAUAUGUAGGAAAGUCUGGACUAUUACAAAAGAAAACUAAGAAGGAAAAGUUGGAAAAUAAGAGAAACAGGAAACAAAGAAUGCCAAAGAGAUUGAAGACAAAGGGAAAAGGAUACGCUGAAAAAUAAAAUAUUUACAAUAUUAGGUUAACUGUUUCACUUCUAAAAUAACAAUACUAAAAGAAGUUCAUAUAUCCUGGAAUAAUAUGUUGUAUCAUCAAGGUAUUUUUAUUUUCUAGUAUUUUCAAACAAUAUAACAAACACUUUACAGUGUAAAAGCUGUAUUUUUUCUUAAUAAAUAAAAGACAUUACAAAUAUUUUGAGGAAGUUCAAAAAAUGUCUCUAACAUUGGAAUAAAUGUAAAUCUUCGAAAUGUAAUUAAUAUAUAUUGCCUUUUGUAGGAAUUUUAAUGUAAUGUUUUCCAAAUUUGAAAUAAGCCUUAAAUUCCAAAGGAUGUAAUAUAGACUUAUAAAAUGCUAAAAUCUACAAGUUUGGGAAGUGAAAGAUUCUAUUUUUCCUUUUUUGUAUUUAAUGGUAAUUUCAUUCCAGGUUAUAUUUUAUUUAUAUAUUAAUUUCACAGAAUAUUAGUGUCUCAACUUUUUAAAGCAUGGUAGUGUUUUAUGUAUAUAUACACAUUUAUUCAGAUAGGUUAAUUUUUACUGCUAACAUUAUACUAAAAUAUUGCUUUAUCUAUUUUUAAUUACAAAAUGCUAAUAUUUUGCUAAGUUAUAGUUUAAAGACAGUUGACCCAGGGAGCAAAUUCCCUGCCUUAAGUAUGUGCCACCAUAAGUAACUUUACAAAUAGAGGUAACCCAAGACAAUAUUAACAAACUAUGCUUUGUCUUUAAUAAAAGGGAUAGGAUUAACAAAUGUAUUGAUGGCAUAACCUAUUUAGCUAUGUCCUUGUUUUUGCAAUAAUGUAACCUCAAAUAUUGGGUUGUUGAACUAACAAUAGCUGUAUUAAAAAAGAUUAAAUAAACAAAACAUAAAAUGUA